AUGAAGGAGAAGGAGACCCCCGACGCACACUUCACAGUGGACAAGCAGAACAUCUCUCUCUGGCCUCAAGAGCCUUCUCCCAAGUCAGAUCUGUCUCAAGUCCUAAGGAAGACUCUCAGCCUCCGCGUGGCCUUCAUCUGUCUGUCACUGGUGCUGGUGGCCAUGAUUGUGCUUCAAGCUGUCUUCUACCCCAGGAUGAUGGACAAAAUACUGGAAGUGAAGAGUGAUGCCCAGAUGUUGAGAGGUCGUGUGGACAACGUCAGCACCCUGCGUUCUGAUCUCGAGAAGGACAGAAGCCGUGUGGAGAAGGCUGAAGUUCAGAUGCAGAUGCUGAACACCAGCCUCACCCGGGUGCGUUCUCAGAUCCUGACUUUGAGGAACAGCAUGGAAGUAGUCAGUGCCCACAUCACUAUGUUAACAAGAAGCUGGGAGGAGGUCGGCAACCUCAACGCCAAGAUCCCAGAGCUGCAAAGAGAUCUGGAUAAAGCCAGUGCCUUGAAUGCAAAGGUCCGAGGACUGCAGAACAGCUUGGAGAACAUCAACAAGCUGCUCCAACAACAGAGUGACAUUCUGGAGAUGGUGUCCCGAGGCUGGAAGUACUUCAGGGGGAACUUCUAUUACUUUUCACACACCCCAAAGACCUGGUACAGCGCGGAGCAGUUCUGCAUUUCUAAAGAGGCUCAUCUGACCUCAGUGACCUCAGAAUCAGAGCAAGAGUAUCUCUACAAGACGGCAGAUGGGCUUCCAUUCUGGAUUGGUCUCACCAAGGCAGGGACUAACGGCGAUUGGUACUGGGUGGAUGAGACGCCAUUCAACAUGGAGCAAAGCAGGAGGUUCUGGAUUCCGGGCGAACCCAACAAUACAGGAAACAACGAACACUGUGCCAAUAUCAGGGUGUCCUUCCCGCAAGCCUGGAAUGAUGCUUCCUGUGAUAGUAAGCUCCUUUUCGUCUGCAAGCGGCCCCACAUCUAGACAAUCCCAUGACGGGCCUGGCCCCAAGCUCAGCAUUUGUGUUGCAACAGUGACCCAGAUUGAAGCGGUGUCGCUCUCCCUGACACUCCAAGACUGCUCUGUGCCUUAGCGUUUCUUGCUUGAAUAUUGUCCCAAACACAUCCUGGGGUCCAUCUGGGUUGGCCGGAACUCUCUGCCCUGGAGGGACUUCGAGGGGGUCGAGUUUAAUGGGCAAAACCAUGCAAAGGAUGUAGAAGUCCCCACUGCCCAGGUGAGGCAGGUGCACCUGUCACCUGCAGAUCAUUUUGUCUGUGUUUACCUGACCCUUCUAAGAAGCCUUGGAUGACCACAUGAAAGCUACAUUCGCAUGUGACCAGUGCUGGAGGAGACAGGAGUGUUUAGCUCAGCUUCAACACUUUAUAAUGUAUACAUGCAGUAGAACAGCACCUGGUACUAUCAAAAUGUGCAACUAUUCAAUGUUUUCUUGUAUCCAUUGCAAAUACAUUUAAAGACAUUUUUUUUUCCCACACGUGCGUGUGGGUGAUCCCAGAGUUCAGAAGAGGGUGUCGAAUCCCGUGUAUCUGGAGUUACAGCUGUUUAUGAACAACCUGAUAUGGGUGCUGACAUCCAAACUCUGCCCUUCUGAGAGAGUAGUAAGUGCCCUUAACUGCUGAGCCAUCUCUUUAGUCCUGUAAAUUUAAAUUAUAAAAAGGAUGAAAAAUAUAAAAACAUAUGUCACAAUGCUGGAGGUGUGGCUCAGGGGAUAAAGUCCUCUGGCACCGGUGACCCCGAGUCUGACCAGCAGGACCACACAAACAGGUGUGGCCAUGCACCCCUGUGAUCCCAGCAGCGAGGAGGUGGAAGGAGGAGGGUCAGAAGUUCAAGGUCAUCCUCAACUAAAUAGUUACAUUUGAGGCCAGCCUGCUAUGCAAGAUCCUGUUUUGGGAGAGGGGACAAUUUGCUUCAAGAUACUAAGCAAUUCUUUCCAUAUUUCUACGAGGCUCUCUCUAGUUGUCUGUUGAGGAGCACUGACAGGGGCCUCUGGCUGUUUCCAUGGGAACAGCUGUUCUUAGUCACCCUGUUCCCACCAGGUUCCAUCACCUCCUUAUCCACAUUCCUUGAGGACGGAAGCCCCAUUUCUCUGAGUGAGAUAACUCAGUGCAGGCCGGGGCUGGCAGGUCCUCUGCCUUCAUUUGAGAUGCUUGGUUCAGCUCCCCUUCCUCCUGCCCCCAGGCCAUCACAGGCCCAGUCCUCCCCCACUACAGCAGCCUGGGUCUCCCACCUCUCCUCUACAUGGGGUUCCCUCUCUUGCUAAGUCCUGUGCAGACAAAGUCCUCUUCUACUCUAAACAUCUCUUGGCUCAAAGCUUCCUUGGAGUGCCUGCUUCCAUUCCCAGGGCCACUGUGACCCUAAAGAACAUGCAGCUUGGGGUACAUUCAGUUAGAGGGUAGAAAGAAUAGGGGCUUUUGUUUGAAUUAAAUAUGAUAAGGUUUGAACAAAGCCCCUUCCUGGAGUUCCUUGUUAGUCAGCCUUCUGUUCUUUAGCUCUGU